AUGUUCUCGCUCCGCACCGUCCUCGGAGCGCCGAGCGCCCUUCGCCAGCUCCUUCCGGCCGUUUCUCGCCGAUCGAUCCCCGGCUCCGUUUCAUUUCGUCCUUUCUCACACAUGGUUCAGAAUGGCCUCACGAGGCUACGGAAUUCGUCUGCAGGUGCUGGCAAUGCUGUCGCUUCCUUAGUCGGCGCGAGUCGCCAGGUCGAGCAGAUCCGCGGCAUGAAGACCCGCUCCUCCGUCAAGCGGUUGUGCGAUGGCUGCAAGCCUGUUCGCCGCAAGAAUCGCGUCUACAUCAUCUGCUCCAAGAAUGCCAAGCAUAAACAACGACAAGGCAAAUGA